AUGGCUCGUUGGUGGAAGCACUGUUGCCUGGCAAUCCCAGUGGCUCUUGCACUUGUGCAUGUGCUGCUGUGGAUUCCUCACAAGCUGGAGCACUUUGUGAUAUUCUCAGAUGAGAGUAAGAGCGACCUCUCCUUCAAAGCCUACACCGGCUACCGCCUCGCCGACAUGCUCACCGCGAGCUCGGUCCGCUGGGGCCGCGGAGGCGAGCAGUUCUACUUUCGCUGGUUUCCAUCUAGCAUGGCUUCAGUGUACAUGCGACGCACCUGGCAACUGGAAAAUUGGGCUGUCUUGAAUGACAUCAUUGAGGAGCGCUUGAAAGACCGAAAUUCGGAUUGCUUGAUGGUACACCUACGCCUGGGGGACGUGCUGGAUGGAUCAGUUGCACAGCCGGGUCUUUUUCAUCAUUAUGUCAUCAAUGAGAGUUUCUAUCAGGCCUACAACCCGAAAGGGAUGAGCCAGGUGAUUUUGUUUGGAAACCCUUGGCACAACGUGCGCCCCGACGUUGCUCCAGAGGAAAGUUUCGCCUACGCGCGCCGCGUUCAGGACAUCUUCCGGGGUAAGGGCCUCAACGCCACACUUCGCUUGGCUGAAGGUGUGACGAACCCGGAGGAGGUGGCUCGGCAGGCGGAUGAGGCUGUGCUACUGGCGCUGAGUGGUUCCCGACUGCUGAUCUCGGGUGGCGGGUUUGGGCGCUUGCUGAAGCGGAUGGCUCAGCAUCGCGGUCUCCCGGUGGAUGAUCCCGUGGGUCAUGCCGAAGGCUCCAAAUCUUCGGCUGCCGCGAAGUACCACCUGCUGCGCUCGGUCUUCUCGCUCGCUGCUGAGAUGCUCGCAGCUUGGCGUGAGAUGCCGAAGUUCCUCAUUUCUGACGCGGGACGGUCAGCUGAGACUCACCCCCUGAAAGGAAUCCUGGAAAGACCGGCAGACAUCGAGAUGGGGACGCCUUGGCCACGGCGCAAAGAGAAGGAGGCUGAGCGCCAGCAGAAGAUCAAAGAGAUCAAAGCUGCUCCGGUUCCAAUCAGUGUGGGCAAGUGGGCAGAUGCCUCUGAUGACGAGGAAGUGCCCAAGCACGUCUCGGACUCCGAGACUGAGAGUGAGCCGGAGCACGCCGAGGAGUCUUGGGAACAGCGUGACAGCGCCAGGCCAGAGCCGGCCCAGGCGGCUCCUCCCGCCAAGACCAAGAAGGAGCCCAAGAAGCAGACGAAGCCUGAGGAUGAGGACUUAGAUGCCAUCCUCGGGGAGCUCGGCAUCGAAGUCCCGGAGCAGGGAGGCGCAUCUGCGUCCAAGAAGAACAGAAAGAAGAAGGAAAAAGAGGCAGAAGCCAUUGCAGAAGCAGGUGGCGGAUAUCCUGCCAAGGAGGAAAAGGCGAAACAAGCCAAGCUGAAAGAGGACGGAAGGAGAAGGAGGAGAACGGCGAUGGCGAGGAGAAGGUUUUGGAUGAGGCGGCAAAGCAGGCGGCUUUGGAGGCCCUUAAGAAAAAGAAGGCUGCGGGCAAAAAGGCCGCGCCCUCCGACGCUGUAA